UCAGGCGGUUCUCCCACCAGCAUCUAUACUCACCUGGGGGGGCAGCGCGAGACGAAGGGGAGCUUCACCGCAGAGCCGGUGAAGUUGUUUGUGUACGAGGCGAACCAGGGACUGUCGCGGUGUGGGCUGCAGCUCGCCUUUCACGCCAACUUCACCUUCUCCCUCUCGCCUCGAUCUGGCCGCGUGGGCUUCAACGGCUUAGCGUUUGUCAUCUCGGCAACGGACCAGGUGGGGAGUGGCGCUGGAGUGGGGAAGGCGUUCACGGCGUGGGUGGACUAUGAGCCAGGAGACCCCGGUACCAUCCAGGUCUUCCUGGCUGACUCGCAGGAGAAGCCGCAGCAGGCGGUGCUGGAGUGGAGGCUGGCGCUGUGUGAGGUGCUGCAGGCCUAUGGCCUGCAGCUAUCAACGAACACGUACAUGCCAGCACGGGCCAGCCCCUUCCCGCGCUACGUGAGUGCGGACUACCGUGUUGCGCCCAGCAAGCAGGACUCGUGGUUCAUCAGCGACUUCCACUCCUGGACUCCGUGCCCUUCCUCGGCUGGCCUGUCAAGGACCAAAAAGACUGCAGUGAGUGAAACCGAUGGGAACCUGUGGAAGCAUGUUGGAGCCAAUAGGUGGGCUGGUGCUUGUUGGGCGUUUGCGCUGGUGGCGAGUGUGGAAGCGGCAUACGGCAUUGCCUUGAAUGCAGAGGCGCCGCAGCUGUCAGUGGAGUCACUCUUUGCAGCCAUGGGGCUCACCUCCGAAGCUGACAAGUGCAGCACGGGGGGCUCCCCCACCGAGGCGUUGGAAAGGCUUCUCAUGCUGCCUCGCGGUGGAGUCACAGAGACCUUCAAGUACAAGAAUCCUGGCUGCUAUACCGGCAGACUGGACCACGUUGUACUCGUUAUCGGAUACUUCAUCUUGAGAAAUGACGGCAGCCAAAAUCGCAUAGCGCCUCCAUUUUGGAUCAUCCGCAACUCGUGGGGAGUGGAGUGGGGUGACCGGGGCCACAUGCGCAUGGACAUUCAGGGAGGGGAUGGCGUGUGUGGCAUCAACGUGCUGCCUGGCAUCUACCCCAUUGUCAAGAUCCGUCACAGGGUGUUUGGGGCAGGGUGA